AUGAAGUUUCAGUUCGUUCUGGCCUUUUUUACGCUUGCUAUGACCGCCCAGGCUGGCGGUGGUGGUGGUGGUGCCCCCGCCCGUCGAAGCCUCGGUGUUACCCAACUUCCUCGCGAAUGGAUGGGCACCCCUGUUUCAAACGAAGCCCACAAGAGCUCCAAUGAAAAGAUGAUCGAUCCUGACGCGGAUAUGGACGUUCCAGUGGUGGAGAGUGAAUAA